AUAUUCAAGAUCCACUGCAAACUACCAGUCAGUACCUCAUCCGGCAAGUAGAAACUACCAUAGAUGAAGAGACAUUGCCUGGAAAGUUACCAGAGACCCCUCUUAGGAUAGAGCCUCCAUCUUCUUACAAGGUGAUGUGCCAGUGGGUGGAAGACUUGAGAAAAGCGUUGUGCAGAUUCUGGUUUCGAUCUUUACCCAUCUUCUUCAGUUUGAUGGAAGUCAUUGUAGUUGGAGUUGUUGGAGCAGCUCUUAUUCUUAAAGUCUUAAAGGUGAUGUUCCCUUCCUGUGAAAACAAAGGCAUCCUUCUCCUGGAUCAAGUCAGCUUUGUACCUGUGAUUACCAUCAGCUUGCCUUCAGAUCUUCCAGACAGGAAAAAUAAUAUAGAUGAGAAAGCAUGUACUUAA